AUGGAUGAAGGAUUUUGCCCCAUUCAUGAUCCCUUUUGGGAAGCAUGUGAGCCCUGCAUCUGUACAUGCAUUCAACAGGCCCCGCGGAUUGGAGGAGGCGCAGAAAGACCGCCAACCUCGACAACUACAGCACCUCCGUUAAGACCAACAUUUCGGCCGGACUUGGCACCUCCAUCAAAUCCAGAGGAUUCGGCACCUACGAUAACCUCUUCAUCCUCAAUAUCUUCGACCUCUCCGACACCCUUGGCAACUUCGGAUCCUACGACGACCUCGGAUCCUGCCACAACGUCAGAUCCCGUGAGGACCCCAGAUCCUGUAACAACCUCGGACCCUCUGACGACCUCAGAUCCUGA